AUGGAUAAUUUGAAAGAUAUUAUGGAGAUAUUGAAAUCGUACUAUAAAAGAUUGAAACAUUUAAAGGUUUUACAAACAUGUUAUAAAGAUGAUUCAGAAAGUACAAACCAAAUCAGAUUAGCAAUACCAGACAAAGUAAUCAAAUUAAAUAUUCCUGAAGAAAUAAAGAAUUCAUUUUUGGAAUAG